UGURARCCUGGACUGUAYGAACCUWUUGGAGUUCACCCGGAAUCAGAUAACAGACCACGCUGGCCGACGCCGGCUUCAGCAGGGCAAGAUGGCCUUCUGGAUUUCAUUGGGUCUGGGUCUGGGCCUGGGCGAGAUCCAGGCCGGGACUCGCUGAAGAGGCUCUGGAAGAAAGGUGGGGAGACAGGGAUGGUGGAUGGCAUGGGGCAGGAAGACGAUAUGGCAUACCCUCGCACCCCCCCCCCCCGCUCCCCCUCUCCCCAAAUCCCCUUCUUCCUUCUCAACAGCACCGUCAGUUCCCAGCACUCUCCUCAAACCCAAACCAAGACAUAGAGAUGCAGAGGGACGACAUUCCCUCCCCUCCGCCCCGUCCCUCCACCUGGUCCUAAAGUCAGUCAACAGAGAGCAGGACGAGGAGAACGGCAGAGUGCACCUCACUCUGCCGCUCUCCUCCUCGCUCCCGGCUUCCCUGUCAGAUGAGAGUGGGAUGACCCCUGACGUGGAGAAUGCGGUGGUCAGCCCCAUCCUGCCGUUCCUUUUCCUGGGCAACGAGAGGGACGCCCAAGACCUGGACCUACUGCUGCGUCUCAACAUCGGCUACGUGGUCAACGUCACCACACACCUGCCCCUCUACCACCUCGGCUCCAGCCUGAUACACUACAAACGGCUGCCGGCUACCGACAACAGCAAGCAGAACCUGCGUCAGUACUUUGAAGAGGUGUUUGAGUUCAUUGAGGAGGCUCACCAGAGUGGGCGUGGAGUGUUGGUUCACUGUCAAGCAGGCGUGUCCCGCUCGGCAACCAUCGUCAUUGCCUACCUGAUGAAGCACACCCUGAUGACCAUGACGGAUGCCUACAAGUACGUGCGGGGCCGUCGUCCUGUGGUGUCUCCUAACCUCAACUUCAUGGGUCAGCUACUGGAGUUUGAGAGGGACCUCAAUUCCGGGGUCACUCCUCGCAUCCUGACCCCCAAACUCAGCGGCCUGGAGACCCAGGUCUGAGAGUGGGAGACUGAUUAGAGGGACAGAAUGGAGGGAUGGAGAAAACCCGCAUUGGGCGAGCCAUAGUUUUGUGAAGGAGAAAUGAAAGGUAGAAUGAUGAAGAAGGGAACGCUGAUUAACAGAUUGUCCCUAUUGGCAUAGAUGAUGAAUUGAUGAUUGAAAUAGUGCACUUAUAUAGAUUAUGGGAGAAAUAAUUUGAUUGGUUAUUUUAUAAAUAGUCUAAUUUCUGGCCAACCUGAUCCUCAUCCAAUACCAUUUGUAAUUUUAACAAUUUUUAUAUAAUGCUUAGAUAUCUGGCAGAUAGGGGGGCAGGUAGCCUAGCGGUUAAGAGCGUUGGGCCAGUAACCGAAAGGUCGCCGUUUAGAA